GUAGCUGAUAGCUCUGGUGCUGCAGCCAUGAAACUCAGAAGAUUUCUAUCGAUUCCCAUUAUAUCAGUGCUUAUCUUAAAGGGCGUUUUGUACUAUGUGACGGUUUUCAUCUUUAUAGAGGACUGGAUGAGCCUGCAGAGUUCUGCUGGCUCGUUGAACGCUCUCAUCUUCACUUUCUUCGCUUCUCUGUGCGUAUUCUGCUAUUUUGUCUGUGUUGUUAAAGACCCAGGUUCUGUUCCCUCAUCAUAUGUGCCCGACGUUGAAGAACCCCAACUUUCUGACCAAGAAUCCGGCAGAAUUGGUAUACUACAAGCAAGGAAAUGUGAAAAGUGUUCGGCAUACAAGCCUCCCCGGGCUCAUCAUUGCCGCAUCUGCAAAACAUGUAUUUUGAGGAUGGAUCAUCACUGUCUCUGGAUAAAUAAUUGUGUGGGCCAUAGGAAUUACAAGCCCUUUGUGCUUCUAGUCUUUUAUUCCACCAUCGCUUCAACUUAUUCUUCGAUUAUGUUGAUAAGCAGCAUAGUUAAUAAAGAUUGGAGUUCUGCUGAUGUCAGUGGAUGGAGUCCUCUCUGGAUAUUUUAUGUAACUUGUGGAGUUAUGAUUGUUGUCUUAACUGUGACUCUGGCAACUCUCCUUGGCUGGCAUAUCUAUCUCACUGUUCAUAACAUGACAACCAUAGAGUACUAUGAGGCAAGUAGAGCAGCUUGGUUGGCUAGAAAAUCAGGGGUGGCCUAUCGUCAUGCCUUUGAUGUUGGAACUCAUAGAAACAUAGCUCUGGUUUUAGGUCCAAAUAUGCUGAAGUGGUUGUGCCCAACAGCAAUCAACCAUGUCAAAGAUGGUCUUGACUUUCCAGCAUCACGUGAUAAUAACUCUUGAACUGAAUCUGCAACCAACACCAAAGGUUUGGGCUUCAUGAACUGAUCUCUGGCAAUGUCAUCAGACAAUUUUUUAGCAACUGAGAGGAUGAAUGAGCUAAAGACUCAAAUACUAUCAUAUAUUCGCUGGCCUAUUCACAAGAACAGCUGGGGUGGUGGUUUAUUUUUCUGUAUAUGUGCAUAACCAAUCAAAAAAGGCCUCCAGAGUUUUGGUAACUUAAAUAUACUCCCUCCGUCCCUUAAAACUUUGACAAAUUUCCUUUUUUGCAUGUCCCAUUAACUUUGUCACUUUCCUUUUCAACUAAAGAAUUUGUGGUUCCAGUUAACUCUCUCUCCUAUGCACAAACUGCAACCACACAAUUUUUACUUUAUUAAUCCCCGUGUCGGUCAAACGUGUCAAAGUUUUAAGGGACGGGGGAGUAUAUGAUAACAUGUAACACAAUAUUGCGUAUAUAUAUUGAUUACUGAUUUAACCAACUUGUGCUCAACUGCUCAUCUAUGGGUUGGGUAUUCACUUGUCAAGCCAGUUUCAUUGGGCGUAAUGCAGAAGUAAUUUUCAUGAAAGAUUUUGAUUUCUUUCUGUAUUUUGUACUCUGUGUGUUAAUCCUCGAUUCCGCGAAGAGUGUUUUGCAAUUUAUGUUCAUUCAUUUAUGCAUCAGAUACUAAUACUCUUAUGUAGUAACAGUUCGAGUUAUAAUCAGACAUCAUGGCGCAUUCACAAGCGGGGAUCUGGGGCUCUGGGCUGGUUGAGGGUAAUGGAGGAUUCCUGGAGGAACCAUAACCUUAACUGGAUAAACCUAUUUUCCCCAAACCAAACGAAUCCAAUCAGUUUCAAUCCUAUUUUUGCUCGGUAUUUGUAGAGUAAAUGUAAAUUAAGUUUAUCUUAUGCACGAUAUUUUGAUUGUAAUCUUUGUUAUUUAAUGGAAAAAGUUUAUCCUUUGGUAGACAAUGUGUACUUGACUUUCAUAAAGAAAUGAAAAGUCGUGCCAAAUAUUAGUAGUGCAUUUUCA